AUGGCGGGAGAGACCAUCCAUGGUCACAAGUUCUUCAUCGGUUUCAGAGGAAUAGGGGCAAACCAGUGUAUUCCGGCAGCUAGAAUAGAAGCCAAAACUGCCAUGGUCUGCAAGACUGAUGCUGCCACUGGUUCUGCCUCUAUCAUUGUCAAUGAUUUGUGUCACGUCGCAGGGGAGAUCGCCAUCGUGAUCGUGGCCGGCACCAACCUGCUGGUGGGUGGCAAGGUUCUGUGGCGGGCCCUGUCAGCCCGGAUGCAUGCCAAGGUGCUGGUGUGCCAGCUGGAAGUCAGCCCGCACACCUCCCUGCAGGCCCUCCUGCAGGCCCUGCUCCUGGCCCAGGAGAACAAAGUGAAGACCAUUUUCAACCCAGCGCCGGCCAUUCCAGACUUGCAUUCCGAUUUCUACAGAGUCUCUGAUGUGUUCUGCUGUAACGAAUCAGAGUGUCUACCAGCUCCCAGUAGAAGUUGCCCUCAGGCACAGAUCAGUGAGAACAAUAUAAAACUGAACUAA